AAUCUAUUGAAAAACUCAUGAAAUAUUUAUUGAUUUCAAGAAAGUAGUCUAUACCAAGGUUAUUUUUAUUGCAUGCCAGAUCUUGCAUUAGACUACACUCUUAGAAAAAAGGGUUCCGUAACGGUUAUUUGGCUGUCCCCAUAGGAUAACCCUUUUUGGAUCCAGGUAGAACUAUUUUGGGUUCCAAGUAGAACCCUCUGUGUGUGGAAAGGGUUCUACAUGGAUCCAAAAAAGGGUUCUUCAAAGGGUUCUCAUAUGGGGACAGUCGAAUAACCAUUUUCGGUUCUAGAUAGCACCUUUUUUUAAAUUCUAAGUGCAUUGAAGAAUGCAAGGCCAGGUUGCACAUCCUUUGUGUCAUUUGUUGACAUUUAUUUGAAGACAUCAGGAAUGACUGAUUACAUCAAGGUGUUUUCCUUGGGCAUUGUCCAGCUCAAUGGUCCAGCUCCAAAACCCCGAUUGUUAUGAUGAUUAUCACGUGAUUAAGUCUUCUGUGGCGGUAGGACGUCCCAUUGCCUUGUAGGAACAAACAAGUCACAUAAGGGGACAAGGGAGCCCAAUAACUGGGAGAUUUUAAAGUUAAAUUAGUUCAUCGUGGACAGUGAAGAGCAUCAGUCUAUACUUCGGUGAGGCGCGUCAUUUUUUGACCCACAACAUCAGGAAUCGCAACAUUAUUUCAUAUUUGAGUGCAUCAUUGGACACUGCUGGGACAUUAAGAUGACAUCAUCAUCAUUAUCACCUGACGGGGCCAUGCUGGUCUGUCGGAGUGUGGAGGAGCUGAAGCGCAGGGCCCAGGGCCCGGUGAGGAGGAACCUGUUUGGGCCUGUGGACCACGAGCAGCUGCAACAGGACUUCCAGAGGCACCUGGGUAUGAGCGUGGAGUCGGCCAACAAGCGCUGGGACUUUGACUUCAACACCGGCCAGCCGGCCGCCGAGGGCGCCAGCGUGGAGUGGAAGGAGAUGAAAUGCCAGGAUGUGCCGGCGUUCUACCGCAACUGUGUGUUGAGGAAGCCGGUGAUUGGCAUCGACGGGCAGAGGGCGGAGAGAGAGAAUGUCCGGUUGGCACGGGCAUCGUCUCCAGGGUCGUCCAGCUGUGGUGAGGAGUACCUGGAGGUGACCACCAGGGAGAGCUAUACGAUCCAGAGGCCAGAGAAGAAGACGGCAGGAGCAGUCAAACGGAGACAAGCCGCCAUAACGGAAUUCUUUGUCGUGAAGAAGAGGACCAUGCAGCACAAACAGUCCUCUCUGCAGUAAACACAGCCCCAAAAAGAGUGCAAUUCAGUGGGCAUGCUCCGUUUGGAAAUCACCUCAUUAAGAUGGAUAUAUCAUUUCUGCAGCUUUCUGUAGCGACUCUGACGGUCGAAAAGCUCAUAGCUACAGUGUGUCUUAAAGGAAGUGGAAAAGGAAGUGGAAAGGAUGGAUGUUUGAAUAUAUAUUUAUAUAGCUGUGUUUCAUCUAUAUUUUCUAAGCUUGUAUGACUGUCUAAGCUUUAGAUUAUACUGUGAAAUAAUUCCAAUGCACUCAUCAGGAAAAAACCUCAAUGGCUCUGUCGUAAGAGAUUUCUUCCAACAGUACCCAUGGUAUAGUGUUUAACUCCCAACCACCUCGGCCCACACUCUAACAGCUUCUCUAAAAGUAGUUCAACUAUUCCUGACCUCACUCCACGUGUAGUCUUCAGUUUCACCGCGGCUGUAAAAGUAUCAGCCACGCGAGUAAGAGGCCCCGGGGUUACCUCAGGUCAAAUUGGCAACGCGACCAUGAUUAGCCUAGGGUGCAAAGGUCAACUGUGAAGUUCCAGCCCUUAGGCUAUCAGGCAUCGGUAUGAUAAUGAUACAUCUUAUUGAGUAAUAUUACUUCUCAAUAAAUGUCUAUUAUUACAGUAAUUGUUUUAUUCUUAAGCUUUUUGGUGUGAGUAUUAUUACAGAGUGAUAUUUGGUGUCGGUAGGAAACGAGCUUAAAUUAGCUUAAGUUAAUUGUCAAAUAUUGUUAUUACGGCUAACAUACACUUCACCGUUGGCACCACCGUCUCUGUACAAUUUGUCAAAAAUGUCAGUGCACAACUGAAUAAAAUAAAUCGUUUUUAUUUUAUUUAGCUCCCUUUAUCAUUUUAAGGUAGUAAAACAUAUUCUUGGAAACUUUUUGGUAAACCUUGUAUGUUUGCUUUGUUGGCUAAAUCCUUUUAACAAUGUUGCAUUUUCUACUCUUGUCUUCGUAUAAUGAUAGCCUCUAGGCUUUGAACUCUUUUCUGUAUGAAGGAAGGUAGCUUUGACAUUGUUUGGAAUUGAAGUUAAAGGGUGUUGCAGUUCACAAAAGUACAUUCAUCCUUAAUGUAUAUGGAACAUUCCAGGUUCUGUCAGUAAAUGAUUAUUUUUAUGAGGAGCUCAGCUGAAACACAUUUCCAUUGCUGUGCUAAAUAGUAGACUGUUGUGACAACUGAGGCAGUUGACCAAAAAAAAGAACAAAUAUAUUAUGUGUGAGUCAUCCGUAAGCGUUGGCUUGAGUCAAGGGACAUAGAAAUCCACAUGCCUUACGCAUCUCCAAAUACAUCUCAGAUAAACCUGUGAUUCAUAUGCAGUAUCACAGAUUUAUCCAUUGGCAUUACAUUCCAAACUUUAUGCCAUUCAUUCUCCAUAGCCAGAGUCACAUCGCAAUACUGUAAAUAAUGGUGGCAAAAGUAGCAGUCCAACAGGGAUUGCCGUUCCUUAAAUGUGUCAUGUUCGAACAAAGAGACAUAAUCUGGAUUACCUACCUCAUUGAACGAUUGACAAAAAAAGUGAAAAGAAUAGAAAAAAAAUAUACAAAAUAAAAAAUGUCAAAUAAUUCCAACAUAUUUGUUGGAAACUACAGGAGUUCAUUUUGUAUUACUGUUCAUAGCUGGUUCAGUGGGAAAGCGGGUUCAGACCAUAGGCUUUAGUUACACAUCAGGUAAAAUAGUCAGUGUGUCUGAGUGAUAGGACCCGUUCCAGCUCAAAGCAGGACUGAGGAAACUCAAGUCCUCUGGGAGUCCUGAGCUUUGUUAUCUCUGGCUUGCUUUGCUUUGACUGGUUUCCCAGAACUAGACAGAAUGGAGGAUGGGGGCAGGGACUUUAUUAAUAGACAGCAACAGAAUGAUGUCCGAGACCCUCAAUCAAAGUGGUUCUAUAGCCAGACAAGUGGCCUGUGUUCUAGAGUGCUUUUGUCUGGAACCAUAGAGGUCCUUAUAACACCGCCCUCUUGACUUGCCAAUGUAGAGAGUCAUGUCAACAGAACGUUCUGUUUUCCGUUUACACACUUCACCUCACAAAUGGAAUCGAUUAUCCGUUUUUAUUUAAUAAUAUUUGAUGGUGUUUUUUUUGUGUGUGUUUGGACUUGAGUCUGUAUGUAUGUUGGUUUAUAUGCGCCUGUCUUUUAAUGUGUUCAAAAUAAAACUUUAAACGUCUGUUAACUUA